AUGGGUUCUAACGGAUCUCAUUUCGGUUGCCAAAUUGGAUGUCGAAUUUGGCACGAAGAAGACGCAGUCGGCGAGAGGUACUUGGGAAUCCAAAUCUUCAGGUUUUAUUUCAAGUGCAUCAAGUGCUCUGCAGAGUUAAUGAUAAAGACAAACCCGCAAAAUUCAGACUAUGUCAUCGAGGCAGGAGCAAUGUGGAAUUUCGAACCGUGGUGCACAGAGGAUGAGGAAGCAGAUAGUGAAAAACUUUAAAGAGAAAAGGAAGUAGGAGAUGCAAUGAAAUCCUUGGAGAACAGAACUUGGGACUCGAAAAGAGAGAUGAACAUCCUUGCUGCCCUGGAUGAAGUGAAGUCCAUGAAGUCAAGACAAGCAACUGUCAGUGUAGAUGCAAUGCUGGAGGAUUUGCAGCGCUCGGCUGAGGAUAAGGAAAAGAAGUUGGAAGAAGAGGAUGAAGCUCUCAUGAAAUCGUUAUUUGGAGGACCGAGGAGAGAGGUUAUUCAGAGAAUCGCCGAUGAGGUUUUCGAUGAAGAUGACGAUGAGGAAACAUCAAGCAAUAGAUCGAAAAAGAGGAGAAGGGUCUCUGAAGAACCUGCUUGUAACCCCACGGAUUGUCUGGCAAUAACUAGCAACGGCUCCAAGAAUGAAGAAAAGCAAGGGGCUUCCUCCGCGCCAAAACUCAUUUUCAAGUCUUCGUUAAUCAGAGUUUCUGUUUCUGUUGUUAGGAAACCAUCUUCGGCCUCCAACGGUACUAAAGGGCCAGCAAAUCAGGCUAGCAAACCGGCAGAAGAGUGCAAAACAAAUGCUGCAUGCGCUGGGCUACUGUCACUUUGCCAAAACUAAGAAAGUGACGAAGAU